AUGUCAACAGAACCAUUUCUUUUUAAUUCACGCUACCUGUCUGUUUCCCUCCAAAAAUGCUUUGACCCAUGCAUUGACAUGAGGUCAGUCAAGCGAGAAGAAGAACAUUCUACUUUUCCAAAUAUAGUGCAUUAUUCAAGAUUAACCAGCGGAGGUCUUAUUAUUCAAAUUAAGGCCACACCACCUCGAGCCGGAUCACAACAAGUGAGAGUUUUCUACAAGUUGCCGAUUCUAUUCACCAGAGACCAAGGUAUUCAAUUGCAAACGUGUUUGCAGUUUACCCAGAAGCAAUGGGGAGUAAAUAUGCUUGGAUUAAUGGAUUAUACUCAUUUAAGCUUUGCUAGAUCAGGGAUAUUGCCACUUGCAGACAAAUUUCUAUCUAUAUUUCCAAGUAAAAACCGUCAUCACUAUUUCUCGACAACAGGCUACUCGAAGAAGGAUUAA